UGUUUUGUCGCUCUAUUUUCUCCAAAAAUAACUUCAAAAUUUUCGAAUCUCACAACUGUCACCACACUUAUCACCGCCCUUGCAUUCAAAUAAUACAAUCUUUUUUUUAAUACUUUUAUAUAUACACAUAUGCGUAAUAAUUACGUAUAUAUAUGCAGAUUUAGGAGCAUAAUCUGGCGCAUUUAUAUGCUCAAGAUCUGUUUGACAAAAUUUCCGCGAGAGAUUUCAACAGUUACUGUCAUAUCUUGAGCUGGAAAUCACGAUUUUAGGUAGUUUGACUUGAAGAAAUUGGAGGGAUUUAAUCAUUUAUAGAGGAAAAAUGGUAUUUUGGGAUGGGUAUGUGAGUGAUGAAGUGAUGGGGACGUUUGCUCCAAUAGUUGUGUAUUGGCUAUAUGCUGGGUUUUAUCAGCUGCUGCCGCCUCUAGAUAACUACCGGUUGCACACCAGGAAAGAGGAGGAUGAGAAGAAUUUAGUGCCAUUGCUUGCUGUGAUUAAAGGGGUUCUUCUUCAGCAGCUUGUUCAGGCCACUGUUGCCCAUCUGCUCUUUUUGUUAACUUCAAGCCCGACCCCAUCUGUAACUGUAGUUCAGCCCUCUAUCAUAGUUCAGAUUGUGCAAAUUGUAAUUGCGAUGCUGGUAAUGGACACUUGGCAGUACUUCGUGCAUCGUUACAUGCAUCAGAACAAAUUCUUGUAUCGCCAUAUCCACUCCCAGCAUCACAAGUUGGUUGUACCCUAUGCUAUUGGAGCCCUUUAUAACCAUCCACUGGAAGGUCUCCUGCUAGAUACGUUUGGUGGUGCUAUAUCUUACCUUAUCUCGGGAAUGACUGCUCGGACUGCUGCAAUUUUUUUCUGCUUUGCGGUUGUGAAGACUGUUGAUGAUCAUUGUGGACUCUGGUUGCCCGGCAAUAUCUUCCAUUUGUUCUUUCAAAACAACACUGCUUACCAUGAUGUCCAUCAUCAACUCCCGGGCACAAAAUACAAUUACUCUCAGCCAUUCUUUCCUAUUUGGGACAAACUAUUGGGAACUUACGUUCCAUACAAACUUGUGAAACGACCCGAAGGAGGAUUUGAGGCACGGCUGAUAAAAGACUAAUCGCAGGUAACCCAUUAGUGUACGUAUCUUUGACAUGUCGUAGCAGGAACAGCUACCAGUCGAGGUUAUUCCACUCUUGGAGCCGCAGCUGCCUUGAAUCGACAAGGUCUGUAUUCUGUACCCUUAAAAAGACGAGGUUUAUAUUCCGCUAGCAUUGAAGUCUGUGGAACUAGUCACUAGUCCUUUACAUUCUCUACUUUCUUUGUUCAAUUUGCUGUGCCAAUCCACUAACCUAUUAUGUAUUAUUUCGAAAUUUCUGAUUAUGAUUACAACUUGCUAAUACUCUAGCAGGUUGACAGUGUUGUAUUGCCUAUUGUUCUAUUAAGCAGUUAUGGAGAUCAUGUAACUAGAAUUGUUUAAUACUUUGAUGAACUAUGUUGAAUGUGUAUACUUUGAUUCUUAUUGAA